GUUAAUUUCAUGAAUAUGAAUUUCUAAAUAAUUUUAAUUGUAUUUUAGCUGUAAAUUAAUUUUCAUGACUUCGGUGCCGCAUAAUGUUUAAAAACUUAACAAUAAAUUCCGUUAUGAUUACAAUACAUGUAUAUGCAUGAAGCACUAAUCUAAGAUGUGUUGAGGAGGCAGGGGUAAUUACACUGACGGAAAAUUUAAUUAUAAAAGUUUAUAUGAACCAAAUGUAUACGUUCAUUAAACCAAACCUACAAGAAAAUCUAAAGAUUACAUGUGAUCUAUUUAGGUCAGGUGUUGUUGAAGAAUAUGACGAGAAAACGGCGUUAUUAGACGACAUUUUAGAAUUAAAAGAGGAGGAAGAGAAAGUCAAGGAAACUGAAAAAGAAAAGAAGUCGGCGGAUGAUCAAAAAGGAAAGGAUGUACGCAAAAGAGCUCUUGAAAAUUUGAGCAAAGAUGAAGAAGAAAACCAAACUCCAAAGAAAAGAACAUCUUCUACUAAUGUCAUGGAAUACUUACAAACAAAGGUCAACAUUGAGAACGAAAAUAAGAGAGAAGAGUUGAAGUUAAGGAGCGAGGAGCUUAGACUUGAAAGAGAAAGAUUUGAGUUAGAGAGAGAAGAACGCAGGGAAAGAAUAGAAACUGAGAAAAAAGAAAAAGCUUUUAUGUUACAACUUCUCGAGAAAGUAUUGAAUCAAAAAUGAUUUUCAAAU